GGCGCGAGCGGCCCCGUGCCGAAGCCAUUGUGUACCGGCGCUGCACCGGGGCGGCUGAGAGCCCCCAGCCCACCGGCCCCCUCGCCGGCAGCCCCGGCCAGGAUGGCUCCUCGGCUCUAACCGGGGAGGCCAGCGCAGUGCUGAGGGUGCGUGUCCAAGUGAUGGUGGGACUGGGCUUGGGGACCUGCAGCGAGGAUGUCCGAAGCCAAGACCCUGAGCUGCUCUUGCCUCGUGUUUUCCUUGCUCUUUUUGCACUGGGCUUUGCUCCAGCCGGGCCGGGCUUUUCCCAGCACCUCCGACUACCUGCAGCGGGGCUGGCAACGGCUGCUGGAGGAAGGGGAGGGCUGUGCCGAGUGCCGGCCGGAGGAGUGCCCCGUGCCGCGCGGGUGCCUGGCUGGCACAGUGCGGGACGCCUGCGACUGCUGUUGGGAGUGCGCCAACCUGGAGGGACAGAUCUGUGACCUGGACAACACCAACCACUUCUACGGCAAGUGCGGGGAGCACCUGGAGUGCCGGCUGGACACCGGGGACCUGCGGCGUGGAGAGGUGCCCGAGCCGCAGUGCGCCUGCCUCUCCCGCUCAGCCCUGUGCGGCUCCGACGGGAAAACCUACACCCAGAUCUGCAGGUUCCUGGAGGUGGCCCGUGCCCACCCGGACACCAACCUCACUGUGGCUCAUGAGGGCCCCUGCGAGUCAGAGCCUCAGAUCACGUCUCCUCCCUACGAUGUGUGGAACGUCACCGGGCAGGAUGUCAUCUUUGGCUGCGAGGUCUUCGCAUACCCCAUGGCAUCCAUCGAGUGGAGGAAGGAUGGCACAGAGAUGCUGCUGCCAGGGGAUGACCCCCACAUUUCUGUCCAGUUCAGGGGUGGCCCCCAGAAAUACGAAGUGACCGGCUGGCUCCAGAUCCAGGGCGUGCGCAUGACAGAUGAAGGCACCUACCGCUGCUUCGCCAGGAACAAGGUCGGGGAGGUGGUCGCAUUAGCCAGCCUGACUGUCCUCACGCCAGACCAGCUCAACCUGACGGGCUUUUCCCUGCCGAAGCCCCGCACGACGCCUGAGGACUAUGGGGAGAGUGAGGAGGACUAUUACUAGCCCGGAGAUGGGACAGGCAGCUGUGGAGGUCACCGUUUGGGAGAGAGUCCAGCCUUGCCCCAUGGUGGCCAUUCCUGGGGGCAUGGGGACGCCUUUGGAGCAGACAUCCCCCAGCCCCAAACUCCUUCUCUGAACAGUGCUGGCACAGGAACCUCUUCCUGGGGGUGGGGGACAGUGUGACAUGGGCCUUUGCCAAGGAUGCUGCGGGACCCUGGGGGGCUGGCUAUCCCCGGGGACGACAUGCAUGGCCACCGUGGGGUGCUGCUCUUGGCUGCUCUGCUGGGAGAUCCCACCGAGCUGCCCCUUGCCUCCAGGGGCCCUGCGCGAAGGGUGCCGGGAAGCCGGUGCAGAGGGCUGGACGCUGGCGGUGACGCUUGGUGCAUCACCCCCGGGGCCGAUCUGCAUCCGCCGAGGGCAGGAGACAGCCCUGCUCCCUCCACAGGGCCAAGGGAACUUGUUGCCCAAACAUUGCUCUUUCCCACUGAGAUUUUAACCACCGGAGGAGUGAUCUGAGAAACCAGAUGUUUGUGGUUUUCACCACCGUCUUUGUCCCCCUGGACAACCUUGGCCCCAACACCGCUGUGGUCAGAAACACUUUGGCCUUUUUAGACCAACUUUGUGCUUUCCCUUCCAAGCAGCUCUUUAUUUUGACGUUCCAUUAAUGCUAGUAAAAUAUACACGUAGGUCAAAGCUGA